GAAGUCGGUUCGCAUGAUUGUUGCUGGCUUUCACUCAUGGAGCGUGGCAUUGACAUCACUGCUCAAAUCCCGAGUCUUGCCCAAAGCUCCUCGGUCCGCUCAAAGCUACUUUCGUGAGCCCAUGCUCAGCAACUUCAAAUCCGGAACGCAACGGUAGUUCGUAAUCAUGCGCGCGGUCCUGGACCCGCCUCGGUCCGAGAGAACGCUUGCCGGAUUUGUUGUGUUCGGUGUGCGGGCAAAGUUGUAUACUUUCCUCAUAGAUAACAGUACUUAAUUGACUGACAGUCUGCACUGUUGAUCUUGAGACAGUGAACAAUACAUGACAGGAUGACGGCCACCAGAAACACGAAUGGGCACGGAGAGCUGAACCGGGAGGCUCACACAACCAACAAAGUAGUUUCCGAAAAAGAAGAACAAUUGGUGCUGAACACGAUACGAUGCCUUGCAGCAGACUUGUGUCAGCAGUACAAAGGCGGUCAUCCCGGUACUGUUAUGGGUGCCUCAGCCAUAGGGAUUGCCUUGUGGAGAUAUGAGAUGAGAUACAACCCUCUAAACCCCGACUGGUUCAAUCGAGACCGCUUCGUCCUUUCGGCUGGACAUGCUUGUCUUUUCCAAUAUAUUUUCCUCCAUCUUUCCGGCUACGAAGCUUGGACAUUGGACCAAAUCAAGAUGUAUCACUCCCCAGCGACUUCGGGAUCUAUGGCCGCAGGACACCCUGAGAUAGAAUACCCAGGUAUCGAGGUGACAACUGGACCCCUCGGACAGGGUAUCUCUAACGCGGUCGGGAUGGCAAUUGCAUCAAAGCAGCUUGCGGCGACAUACAACAGGGAAGGGCUGGAUAUAGUGGACAACAAAAUCUGGUGUUUCACCGGUGAUGGCUGUUUACAAGAAGGUGUUGGCCAGGAAGCCAUUUCGCUGGCAGGGCAUUUGGGAUUGGAUAAUUUGAUCCUGGUAUAUGACAACAAUGCUGUCACGGUAGACGGCCGAAUCGACAACUGUUUUACCGAGAACACUUCGAAAAAACUGCAAGCUCAAGGCUGGAAUGUCAUCGACGUCUAUGAUGGCUCGAACGAUCUUGCCGCGAUCCUAGAAGGGUUUGACAAAGCCAAGCAGUUCAAAGGGAAACCAAGUCUGGUUAAUAUACGUACAGUCAUUGGUUACUCCUCACGAAAAGCCAACACUGGACCGGCCCAUGGUCAAGCCUUGGGAGACGAUGAAGUGGCAUAUGUCAAAACUCAACUCGGAUUCGAUCCUGCUCAGAAAUUCGUUAUUCCCGACAAGGCAUACGAAUAUUUCGCUGAAUGCAAAAUCAAGGGUGCAAAGGCAAACGAAGAAUGGAACGAAAAAUUCGAAGCCUACUCAAAGGCGUAUCCAGACUUGUAUAAACAGCUGACUGAUCGAAUGAACGGCAGAUUUGCUCCAGAUGGUUGGGAAACUCUGUUACCGGCGAAAAAGGAUCUUCCGCAAGGGGACCAGCCUACCAGGAAGUCAAGUGGAAUCGCAGUUCAAACUUUGGUGCCCAAGAAUAAUACCUUCAUCGCUGGUUCAGCGGACCUCCUCGAAUCCACCUUUGUCAAUUUCGAUGGUCAAGUAGAGUUCCAGAACCCUUCUUCGGGUCUGGGAGACUACACUGGCAGACAAAUUCGCUUCGGCAUUAGGGAGUUUGCAAUGGUGGGUUUGGGCAACGGUAUGGCAGCAUAUCACAAGGGAAUGUUCAUCCCUAUCAUGUCUACGUUCUUCAUGUUUUGGAUCUACGCUGCCCCGGCCGCCCGAAUGGCCGCUUUACAACAUCUGCGAUUCAUCGGAGUUGCCACUCAUGAUUCCAUCGGUAUAGGGGAAGAUGGUCCCACCCAUCAGCCCAUCGCUCUGGCUGCUUUCUACAGAGCCUUACCGAACAUCAACCUUAUCCGACCUGCCGAUGCAGAGGAAUGUAUGGGAAUGUGGCUCUUGGCUCUAUCGGAUCAAUCAGCAAACACCCCCAGCAUCUUCGCCUUGUCUCGACAACCCGUGCCCCUUCUUUCCGGAACCGACCGUACAAAGGUCGCACAAGGGGCUUACAUUGUUUACGGUGAUGACAGAAGUCCGGAUAUGACGAUUAUUGCAACCGGUGCUGAAGUCGCCCGAGCAAUCGAGUCUGCCAAGCUGCUGAAGUCGGUUAAGAAGGUCCGAGUAGUCUCGAUGCCUUCCCAGAAACAUUUCGACAUUCAAACUGCAGAAUACAAAGAAUUGGUUCUAAAGAGCUCCACCGCCCUCGUGGUCGCAAUUGAAGCAUGGGCUUCUUACGGUUGGGCUAGAUACGCACAUGCUUCGUUGUCCAUGCAGACUUUCGGUCACUCGGCACCUCAACAGCAGCUGUAUGAGCAUUUCGGAUUCUCUCCGAAAGCCAUGGCAGAGAAGAUUGAUGAGUGGGCGGCCAGGUGGCAAACGAAAGGAGGCCGGCCAGGACUUGGUGAUUUCGAAGAGCUGUUGCUGCGCUAUACGCAACAUUGAGUCAGAGAUUCAAGGUUCCAUGGUGAUUGCUUGUUAAAUGGCAUUGACACGCAGUGCUUAGGUUGCGCAGAUGCUGGGAUUAUGUUAUAUGAGUACUGAGAUUGUGCUGCAUGAACACUCGGAAUGAUCUGGGAAACAUCGAACCUCUUUGCCAUUCUCAUAUAGAAUUGCACUUCACAUGUGGAACAAUGCACUCUCGACAAUUCGCUUAUUCUGUCAAACAAGGUCUCAACUCAGAGGGGUCCAGCAAACGAUUUUUGAUGACUCUUUUUCAUUUCAGCACUAAAAUCACUUCGAUUCAUCGAUCAUGCGUCGACAGGUCAAUUAUGAGAGGACUGGACGGCUCGAUCUGAGAGGACCUCGCAUGUAACUCGCAGGACAUUGAUACUCCGAGAGAAGAUCAUUCACAAAUCCAACCUCCCAUCUUAAACACAGUAGCUGAAAAACAAAUCGCCAGAUGAGAAGGAUUGGAACCAGGCAUAAGAACAGAAUCAUGAGGGGCCGGUGUAGGCCGCGACGUUGAGAUGCUGGAAGAUAGAAGGGUUGGCUGGUCAAUGGCAACGCAACAGUGCUACGUGAACUCGCUCGAUAUAAUAAAUGGCUAGAUCGAUGGAAUAGCCAAAAGAUUGAAUGGGCCCGUAUUCAUAUGACUGGAGUAAUAUGUAUGGCAAAGCGGAUAUACAGCACACAUGUUUGUAUACAGCGUCAACAGAUGCGAGAAGAGCGUACAGAUCGAAAGCACUUACGCGCAAGAUCCCAUGUAUGGCCCAACAACUUGUUGAUAAUUUGAACCCUAUUGAAUGGAGGCGUGCGUCGUUUCAUCCCCAGUCGUGCAUUGAUUGAAUGAGGGACGGUCCUUCCGAGAUCAUUCCCCUUUCCAUUUCCGGUUCUUCUCCACCAACCUGCUUCACCAGCUUCUGAUCCAGCACCGUCACUUUGAAAUCCUCCCGGCAUGGGGAAGACGAGAUGAUAUGGACAAGCGGGCGUGAAUAGAUGGGAAGCCAAGCUUCUGUACAACAUCAGCAGAUGAGACACAUAAUCCCAUACAUUUCCCAACCUCUUCCUUUCUUGCAGAUGUAGGUAUGCAAAAAGAAGUCGCAGUGAUCAGCAAAGAGGGGCUAGUAAAUGCAAGCUAGAUUGUCACAGCUUCACGCCGCAGCAGUCGUGAUGAAUGCGCACAACCCGAAAGCAGCGCUGUAUUUUGUACUCGUUUCUUCUCUUGCCUCGUAAAAUGUUCGCGGACAAUUAUUUGCUCCACUCGCAAACCACAUCAAUGCGCGUAUAAACCACCGUGAACCCUUCUCGGACUUUGUUCUGUUUGGAAGGUCUACCGACUGAGAUUCAUUGGAACAGAGGCCCUAACGGCAUGGAUCGACGCCUAUCUAUUCGGAAUUACAGCAGAGUUAGAAUCACACGACUUCCAAGGCUAUUUGAUGAACACUUCUUGUAAUAAAUAGGGUUCAGGAACGCUAAAGAUAUGCGCAUUUUUCUCAUGAUUCACAUUAGAAAA